CAGACGUAAAUAGUUACCAUGGACAUGGAGCCGGAGAAGACAGCGCUGUGAAACUCGUCUUCAGUUUAAACUCCAAAAACCACAUUCUUUUGUCCUUCUCUCGGAGAAAAAAAUGCCUUAUAAAAAAGUGCCAAAGAAGAAGCAGCCGCUGUGGAAAGACUGGGACUACAAAGCCCAGAAGAAAGGUGUAAGAAACACCGUGUAUUCAGUCAAUGGGGAUGAAUAUACAGGAGAGUGGCUGGAUAACAAAAAACAUGGCAAGGGAACACAGAGAUGGAAGAAGACAGGAGCCAUCUACGACGGAGACUGGAAGUGUGGCAAGAGGAACGGCUUUGGCACUCUGAGCUUACCCUCAGCGGAGGGUGGCUUCAUACGAGUGUACUCGGGAGGGUGGAAGAACGACAAGCGACAUGGCUAUGGUACCAAUUUCUACUCAGCUGAGGAGUACUACGAGGGCGAGUGGUACGGUGAUAAGCGUAGUGGUUGGGGUCGCAUGUACUUCAAAGAUGACAGCAUCUACGAGGGCGAGUGGUACAACGAUCAGCGCAGUGGUCAAGGCAUGCUCAGAUUAGCUGACGAGAACAGAUACGAGGGCUCUUGGAAGACGGACAAGAAAAACGGCCCUGGCAAAUUCUUCUACCUGGACAAGGGACAAGUGUACGAAGGAGUGUGGGUGGAUGAUAUCCCCAAAUGUGGAACCGUGGUGGACUUUGGAAGGGAAGGAGCACCCGACCCCACCCAGUACCCGAUACCAGAGGUAACGCUGUACGAUCCAGCAGGUGUCCUACAAGAGGCAGAGAACAUGUUCCUACAGGAGCAAGAAUGACAUCCAUGCACCAUCACAAGAGAAGUUCACGUCAGGGACAGUGUAAAUGUGUUCAAAAGUAAGACUCAACUAUGGCCAAUGCUAGAGUCAUCCUUUACAUUUUGCUAACAAAUCCCAACAUUAAUUUCUGUGCAUACCAAAUACAGCAUAUUUUCCUGUUCGCCACAGAUGGUUCAUUCCACAAAAGGCAAGUUUGUUUUAACAAUCCUGGCGUUUCUGCUUUUUCUUCAUGAAGCCAUUGGGACAUUUAAAAUGAUCAAGUUACUCCUCUGAUGAAACCUUCCCUCUGUUACAAUGCAGUCCCAUUACUUUUGGUUUCAAUACCUGUGAAAUCAGUUCACUGCCUGAGUGAAAUUAGGGCCAUGUAAAAUAUUUGUGACUUUGAUCUCUUCCAGUGCCCAUCAUGUUGCAAUAUUUUUGUGCCUUUUUUUCCUCUUUUGUGAUUUAUGUAUACUUGGAAACAAAACUUCAAAUAACUGACAUGUAGACAAUCGUGGACAAUUAAAAAGACCUUCCUGUACAAAAGUAAAUAUUUUUUAUACAAUGUACAUAAAAAUGAGCACUAGGCCAGCUGUCUGUUUACGGUUUGAAGGUGAAGUUUGUUGUAUGAAUUAAAGUUGAAAAUGUAAGUUGUGCUAAAUUAUGACAUUCUGUUGCAGUCAUAAGAAUUGAGAAUUUGGUCAUUCCAUGAGGUCGGGGCUUAAUUUUUAACAGUGUCCACUGUUACGUGGGUUCCGUAAAAAUGAACAGCUAUUCCCCUGCCUGUAGAUUCCAAAUUCUACAUCUUGCAAGGCUAAAUACAGAGGUGUGUGUUAUUUUUACAGAGUAAAUGAUCUACUCUACAGGUCAUGACAGACGGUAACAGUUACCCUUGUAACAAGGACACUGUCACAAAUUGUGCCCCAACCUCAUGGAAUGACGUUUUGGUCAAAGAUAAAGAUAUUUCCAAGUAAACUGAUUUUUGGAUAGUUUCAUAUAUAUUUGUAAAUGUAUAGCAAAACUGAUAUUAUAAAAUCUCAUGCAUCAUGUUUCUGAAAGUGUAAAUGUAAAGCUUCUCUUGAAAUAAAUCAUUCAUUUCAAAAAUCUGU